CCACUCACUCCCCUCUGCAAACCGCGCGUGCAGUGUAAUUCACUACCACACGCUGUGCGAACGGAGCGCGCGCUCAUUCAUUCAUUCUUUCAUCCAUCCAUCCAUCCCGCUGAAGGCUGCUCACACUUUCCUCUCUCUCUCUCUCUCUCUGGUUCUUUCCUUACACUCGGACAUCUGUACUUUACUGAGUGUUUACCCACAGUGGGAGUGACAGUGGGUGAUAUCAACACAGCUCCGCUUCUCCUUCUCCUCCACCGCGAUACGAUACGGAGCAGAGAGACAGAGGAGUCACCGGAGGACGCGCGCAUCACGACGGCAGUAUAGCGAGCAGCGGGUGGGAGUUUUUGUUGUUGUUGAGCAUUUAAAAACAAAGACAAACAAGGUCUAAAGAAAACACCAACACGGGGACGGAAACUACAAGGCGAACUCUCUGUUUUUGACAUGAUCCCCGUGUAGUUUGGACGGAUUUUACGCGGCACAGGUGCGUUAAAGGAUUAAAGACAGCCCCGUUGGCGGAUGAUUGUCGGCUUGGUGAAGAGGUGUCACUGCCUCUGCGCAAGUUUCAGAUGAAGAUGAAAUCGGCGGGCGUCGUGGAUGGAGGGCUGUUCACAGAGAGCUAUUGUAACAUCUGCAAUGCCCAGCUCAUCUCCGAGUCCCAGCGCACCGCUCACUAUGAGAGUAAAAAACAUGCCAACAAGGUUCGCCUGUUCUACAUGCUUCACCCUGAAGAUGGAGGACCACCUUCCAAGAGACUGAGGCCAGACAACCCAGACUGUGCAGAGACAGAAGUGGACAGGAACAAGUGCUGUACCUUGUGUAACAUGUUCUUCACCUCUGCCAUUGUGGCCCAGUCACACUACCAGGGUAAAACCCAUGCAAAGAGAGUCCGCCUGGUGCUGGGGGAGCCUCCAAACCUACCCACAGCCAUGACCAGCCCAACAAACACAGAUUCCUCCCCUUCCACGCCUCAGCCCACAGACCCUGCUGUGUGCCCUCCUCAACCCCCUGUCCUGCCCUGGCCCACGACAGAGGUCAGUGGAAAUGGAGGAAAAGAAGCCGGGAAGUACUGUUGUCUAUGUGGAGCCUGGUUCAAUAACCCGCUGAUGGCACAGCAGCACUACGAGGGCAAGAAGCACCGCAGGAAUGCAGCCAGAGCGCGCCUGCUGGAGCAGCUAGCUGGCAGUCUGGAUGCCACAGAGAGCACAGGACUGCGCAGUAGUUACUCCUGCAGUGUCUGCAGUGUGGUCCUCAACUCCAUUGAACAGUACCACGCACACCUCCAGGGCUCCAAGCACCAGAACAACCUGAAGCAACACCAGCAGUAAGCCACCUUAACUUUGGAAAAGGAAGACAUGAAGACAAAGAUUACUGGAAUGAUAAAAACCCACAGAGGACGAACCGUGUUACAAAACUGAGGAGCAUAAGAAAGCAGAACAGAGUAAUGUCUGUGUCUGCGUGUGUGUGUGUGUGCGUGUGUGUGUGUGCGUGUGUGUGUGUCUAUGGCUGUCAUGGGCAUCCAUGCCCAUAUGUGCGUGUAUGCAUGUGUGAGUCAUUACGAGAGUGUUUAUUUCUAUCUUUGUUCUAAAAAUAUAUCUUUGAGAUUUAUUCAGCACCCAAGUGUUUUGAUACGAGUUCUCAACACCAGCAGCCGUCAGACGAGCUGCGGCUGCAAUAUUGCCCUGCAACUCCUGUGUGAACCACAAUCCUAGAAUUGAACUGAUGUCGGUGCGUUGCCCAGAGUGGCAAUAACCAUUACAAUGAUCGUCAUUAGAGCAGCAGUAAUAAUAACUCUUUAACUAGUCGUCCCCAACGUGCUCCGACUGUGAUCCAAGUCUGUUUUAACAUGGAUUCAUAUACAGUGAUGCGGAAAAUGGCACACGCAUGGUUCACUUUCAGACCACUUGAGACCUUCUCAGGCCUAAACGUUAAAAUCCAAGGACGUGAAAACUACCAGUGACCUCAGCCAUAACCAACUGCAUGAAUUAAGAAAACUUAAAAAAUUGGUUUUAUAUCCUGUGUUGUCUGUGAAUGUAGUAUUUAUUUUUCAUGUGUUGGAUAGGUCAUUAAAAAAAAAGAAAAAAGAGAGAGACAGAAAAGUUCUCAAAACCUGAAGAUUUGGCUGGGUUACAGGACAGAAAGCACUGUAGAAAAGCAGCACAAAGACUUUUAAAAUCCUGCUUUGAUGCAACAGUCAGUCAUGUACAGGUGUAAACAUUCCCACAGAGCAGAAUACUGAUGUCAGAUGCAUUUUUGGAGGUGACAAAAGUCUAUUUUUCUGUUGCAAUAGCCAGAGGGAGGAAAACACUCCCCAAUCCAUGUAGCAGCUAAUGUACAAAACACAAAUGGGAUGUAAUGCAUAGCAUGUUAAACCCAAAAGUUGCAUUUACUUGCCUUUUUGAAGUCUAUUGCUUGCACAUUUUGUUGCAGUAGCGCCGAUUGCUUUGUCAUGCACACUGGAACAGUAAGGUCAGCUACGAGUUCUGCAGAGGCUUCUUUUCAACACCUAAUUUAUUCAACUCUGAACCUUUUUAACACCAGUUACUGCUCAUCUGUAGUGUCAUCACAGUGUUAUGUGCAGUGAGUUUCAACAGAGACACAACACUUGUCGACUGGACUACCGUCCUUGUCCCAGUAUGAAAGUGGGGAAUCGAUAUAAUGGAUGAAGUGUGUCCACCUCUGCUCCCCUAGGUGGCAACAAUUCCAUCUUUCCACUUGUUAGUAUUAGGCUUUUUCCAGUUGACCUGUUAUGUUACAGAAACAGAAGAGAGAACACACUCCACUUUCUUGUGUUGGCACAGGGAUCGGUUCAUAGGCUGUAUAUUAAAAAUGGAUGCAAUCUUUGGCUGUAAAAAUAAAUUCCUGUUGUGAGGCCAUGUCACUUUUUGAAACCGGAAAUCAACAUACUGUACGUCAUCUGCAAUCACCUAUUGGUUUCAGUCACACUGUUGUCCACAUGUGCAGUACUUUAUCGUCCAUUUUCCUCCAAACGGGAACAUAAUUUACAAAAUUGACAUCAUGUUCUCUUGAAGAAAAACAAAGGAGAGCCUUCACUACUCAGGAAAAUGUUCACCGACGUGGAAAAUCAAGUGAAAUGUAGGCUCAUUUUCUCACAGACAUCUAUACAAAUGCAGGUUGUAACCGACUUCUGACCUACUUCCUGGGUUUCACUUUAAAAACCUGAAGACUUCAUCCAUUUUUAUAGAGUCUAUGUGUCAGCCCUAAGCAGAAUUUCUAGGAGCUAUGAAAAGGAGUCACUGCUAAUGUUCUGUCAGUUCUUUUUGGGUUCAAUUUUGUUGUUUUUCCAAAUUUUCAUUUUGUGCUUUGUUCAUUUCACAGUGAAGAGAGUGAAUGCCAAAUGACCUGAUUAAAUUUGUGCUUCCUCUGCAGACUUGAGGAGGAAUGGUUUUUAUGCAAUCACACUGAAGUAUUAACAACUGUAACAAUGUGUUUUGAAGUGAAAUUGUUUAACCGAGCAAAAGAAGAAGAAAAAAACAUUCUGUAAAUAAGCAGUAGCAGCAGGCAACAUUUGGGUUUUUUUUUAUUUAUUAUCUUAACUGAGAUGAUGGAAGUGUACCUCUUAAAGUUAUUAUUAUGGAAAAAUACAAACAUGCUGGCAGUAAAAUGAGGACAAACUGAACCAAGGAGUGACGAUGGACCAAAAUCCAGCAUGUGGACGACAGUGAUUGAGCGUUUUCACCAAGAGGGAUUACGCGAUAACAGCUGUUUCCGUGAGGACCACAAUCAUCAAAGACCGUCUCCUCAGAAAGAAAUCUCUGAAAUGUGACCGUUUUGCCAGCGGAUUAAUUAGACAGUGAUAACAAUGACAGGAUGACAGGCUGUUGGAUUUUAAUGAGACAUCUGAAAUCACCAAACCCUCUUCUGUCGUUGAUGCCAUGGAGAAAAAAAAACACAAAAAAGUCAUUUGGCAUUUCUCGACGCACAUCACGACUCUUUUGAUGACUAAAUUACACAGACUCGGUCCAGCACUGGCGUACUCAGAACAGAGACGGUGUCUUUGUGUGUUGAUAUCACAGAAUGUGCAGAGGAUGGCUGUGCCAUGAGUCACAUAUUUUAGCAGAUGUUACAUAACAUACAACAGAGUUGUAUUUAUGGGUAGUAUUGUGUGAUAUGAUGCUUGUGGGUGGGUGUCUGUGUAUGUGAAGCUGUCAGCUGCACUGGCAGUGGGAGACUCGCCGUGGGCUGAGAACCGUGAGCACAUUUGUAAACACACCUGAUGAUGAAUACAAUGAAGAUGAUGAAACUAUGUCUAUUUUCUCUUGCAAAAUUCAUGUGUGCGUGUGUGUGUGUGUGUGUCUAAAAGAAAUGCCUUGUUGAUAACAGUGAUCACCUAUCACCACACUUUUUUGGUUUAGAAUUUAAGGCUAGUACCCUGUAAAAAAGAAAAAAAAAAAAAUCUGGCCACUGUUUUUCUGCCAAAUGUGUCUUUGUUAUCUAUAAAAGUAGAAAUCGCUA